AUGAUUGGGGACACCGCUUCAGAGUCGAACUCGACUGUCUCGGCUUCAUCAAGUAAUAUCUUCGGCACCAUCGCUAAGCCCGACAAAGAAUCCCAGCCCGACGUCUACGAGACGGGGUUUAUCCAGCGCGCCAUCACCCUGAAGAUUUUAUUGUCCACGCUCAAGAACAUAGAUAUCAUCACCAUCUUCACUUGCAAUGGUUGGGAUUAG